AUGAACAAUUUCCUGUUGGCUUUGUGCGUGCUGACGCUGAUGGCAAUUGCAGUGUCCAGUACACCGACAGUUCUAGAAGAAAACGUCAAACUGCUGAACAGCAUCGACUUGGACUCGGUUUUGAAAAAUAAAAGAAUUCUGAAAAAUUACAUCGAUUGUGUUAUCGGCACCAAACCUUGCACCAAAGAAGGAAGUGCCCUGAAAGAGAGCUGGAAAGACGGGCUUGAUAAGGGUUGCGAAGAGUGUAGCGAGGAGGAGCAGCGAAAAGUGAAUAAAAUCGUGAAACACAUUUAUGUCAAUGAGCCCGAUUGGUAUAAAUUAUUGAUAAAUAAUUUCGACAAAGACGGUAAAUACCAAGAGAGAUACGAUGCGUACAUACAAAAAGUUGUGAGUGACCCCACUUUGUAG